GGGGCCACGGCCUUGGCGCGGCGGGCGGGCCGCCCCGGGCCGCCCGCUGAGGCCGUCGUUCGCCGCUCCCGCGCGGCUGCCCGUCAUCGCGUCGUCGUGAACGGCCCCGGCGGACAAGGCUGCUCCAGCGCAGGCGCCGGGCGAGAAGGGGGAAGGGAAGCGGUUCCGAGAGGGACGCUUCCGGUGGGAGGUGCACCCGGGGACCUGUGGCUGGGGCGGACCCUUACGGCGGCGGCGAGGAUGGCGGCGGAGAACCACUGCGAUUUCCCGGUUCACCCGAUCGGCGGCCUCGGCCCGGGCGGGCCCUGCCGCCGGUGCAGCUCAGCGCCGCCGCCCGGCGCGGUGCCCGGCAAGUGGGUCCGGCUGAACGUGGGGGGCACCUGCUUCCUGACCACUCGGCAGACGCUUUGCAGGGACCCCAAGUCCUUCCUCUUCCGCCUGUGCCAGGCCGAUCCCGACCUGGACUCGGACAAGGAUGAAACAGGUGCCUAUUUAAUAGACAGAGACCCGACCUACUUUGGGCCAGUGCUGAACUAUCUCAGACAUGGGAAACUGGUUAUUAACAAGGACCUAGCUGAGGAAGGUGUACUGGAAGAGGCUGAAUUCUACAAUAUCACAUCACUAAUAAAACUGGUAAAGGACAAAAUAAGAGAAAGAGACAGCAAAAUCUCACAGGUGCCAGUCAAACAUGUGUACAGGGUGCUGCAGUGCCAGGAAGAGGAACUCACUCAAAUGGUUUCCACAAUGUCCGAUGGCUGGAAAUUUGAACAGCUUGUCAGUAUAGGUUCCCAGUACAGCUGUGGCCGGGCCCAGCAGUCAGAGUAUCUGCUGAUAGUGUCACGGGAAGUGAAAGGGGAAGAGAGAUGCUUCCAGAAAUGCUGCAGUGAGCUAGUCAGUAUUGGUUCUUCCUAUAACUAUGGCAAUGAAGAUCAGGCUGAAUUUCUGUGUGUUGUCUCAAAGGAAUUGCAUAACACUCCCUAUGGCACAACCAGUGAACCCAGUGAAAAAGCAAAGAGUGAGGAUGAAGAAACGGAUUACGAUAUGAAUGACUCAGAUUAAGUGUAAAUGUCAUGAUUUUGCAAGAACGAGGUUCCAGGAUGUGAAGACAGUAUUGAACGGUGACAAUUUUUUCUCUUUUAUUCCAAGACGCAGUGAAUUGUCACACUGAAGAGGCUCAGCUGCAAAAGAAAAAAAUCUGAUUUAGACAAUUUUCUGUUGAUCUGGGUUCAACCAUUUUUGCCUAUAAGCUGGUGUCAACUGGCUGAAAGCAUUGCAAGAUUACAUAGUGGGAAUAGACGGUGUGGGAGUGUGUGUUAAGUUUUGGUUGUAGUGCAUGGUUGUAAUCUCUUGUGGGCUGACUGAUGCUGGUCAUUUGAAAAGAAAUGACCAUGCACUCAUAUUUAACUCUGAGACAUGUAGCACUUAACGUCUGGUGCUUGUUGACCCAACGUUGAUCAGUUCGGAGACAUUUUCCUAUUAAUCAUUGUAAACAUUUAAAGGACAAUGUAAUUGGUGCUACACACACACACACACACACACAUUACAGCCCACAAAUGCAAAUAUUUGGGUCUACAUUGUUUCAGAAUCAGGGGCAGCCCCAACUGACUGUGUUAUACUGCACAUUCCUUAUGGCUCUGUGACAUACUCUGUUAAUAACAGCCUAGGAGAUCAACUGAAACUAGCACAUAAUAAGUUACACAACAGUCAAAAGGUUUCUCUAAAGGAAGGGUGUAUAUAUUGAUUGGAUUUAUAGCAUAUUUUAAUACCCAAAGGGAAGACUAAACUCGGAGAAAAUCAUCUCUGAAAAUUUCAUCUGAGUUGUUCUUGAUGUUCCUUCUGUUAAAACAGUCUCCUCCUGCAAAAGUUAUGCUCCAGUCUUAACCAGAUGUUUGGAAGGGGAAUCAAAAAAUUCACUUAAAAUGAACAACUGAACAUUCUGUUUCUUUUGAGAUGUUUGUGCUCAUAUGUGUGUUUGUGCUUUUAUAAAAUGCCUAUAAGCAUUGAACUCUGUGGAUUAUGGUAGAGAUUUUUCAAGAGCUGGAGGUUGUACAGAAAUAUGGCUGGCUAGUUCUAGGUCCCUAUCUCUAUGACUGGGAUUAAAAUCAACCUUGAGUGUGAACACAAGCUCAUCGAUUUGAAAAACUUAAUUACUUCAGACAUUCAGGAUAGCUGUAAUCAAUCUUUCUCUUUCUGUACUGUUUCAACUAUGCAGUUGAAGAACACUGUUUGAAAACAUCUGGUGCAGCUUUAUUAGUUUGUCCUUGAUGAAGGCUAAUAUACAAGACUGGAGCUUUUUAAUACACUAUGUUUUGAGGAAAAUCUUUAACACAUCUUUAAAACACUUAAUGAAAUUGAUGAUAUAAAACUCUGCUUCAUUGAUUUAUGAAAACAGUGGAAGGGAGUUUCAAAAAGCUACAAGAUUGUUUUGAAUUCUAAAGACAUUAUGUUUUCAUUCUCAGUAACUUCAGAAUUCAUGCAUAUAAUCCUUUACACAAAAGUGUGAUUUUCAAACACCCAGGGUCUACUUUUUUUUUUUUUUUUUUAAAAAAAAAGGACUUGCUAUACAUUGAUAAAAGUUUGGCAGAAACAAUUUGUAAAAACCAUUUCUACUAAGCAGGUUAAGCAAUGGGCUAAAUGUUUUGUCCAUGCGUCUAAUGCUUGAAAGGGUUUGUAAUGCAUUUUGCGACUUGGAUGUGGUCUGCACAGGAAGCUGCUGGCCCCUCCACAACAACACAUAAAAUGUUUGUCUUUUUUUAAGAUGUUAAAACUGAAUUGAAUUUACUAAAAAUGUAAUUGUGUAAGGGGAAGUGUUUAUACUUUUGUACUUUUUUAGGCACCCAUAUUUUAUCAGUUUAAAUUUAGCACCCAAAUUUCCCCUAAAUAGUAACAGGUUAUCUUGUGUAUCUGAAAAUAAGCAUAACAGUUGUCUGUGUUAAUUGCAUAUUAAAACAUUUCCUCUGCUGCAGUAGUUACUGUGUUUUUAAACAGUAUGACUCCACUGAAUUCUCUGAGCUCCCUAGCUCAUGGAAUUGCAGCCAACCAUGUUUCUUGUUGUUUUCUUGAUGUGCUCUACAGAGUAAUUUGGCAUUGGCCUAAGUGGAUUUUAAUGCCUAAAAUAUCUGUUUUACAAUGAUCCUUCUGAAUCAGCAUUUCUGCUGUCUCUCUUAUUUAACCCAAAAAAGACAGAAAAUUUUAUUUCAUAAAGUGACAUUUUCAAGAAUGACAGCAGCAAAGCAUGAGUAACAAACCGAGCAAACUGAACAAAUUUAGAAUAUGUAAAAGAGUGGGGUUUUUGAAGUAUGUUUUUUUCACUGGAGUAUUUUCAGUUUAAAAACAUGCUUUUAUGGUGAGAUUACCUGCAAUCUAGUUUACAUUGUAUCCCUGUUGUAGCAAAUUUGGGGGAAAUGAGUGGUUAAUCAUUUUGCACUUUGUUUCCAAUACCUCACAAACAUUUUAAGAAAGAAAGAACAAAGAAAAAAAGAAGAGAACUUUAGUAGGCAGGUACCUUGUAAAUUAUUUUAAAUAUGCUGUUGUUUGACACCACCUGAACUAACUACUUUCCUGUUCUUGCUAAUGUCGUUAUUGCUUUAAUUUUUGUGAGCAUGUGAGGCUUUCAGAUAGAUGGAAGUGCUACCGUAUGCCUUUUGAAAAAGGCAUUAAGAAUUGAUCCGUAAAUAAGUGUGGUUUCUUUUUAUUUGACUCUUGUAAUUUCAAAUAAAGUUAGCUACGGUAACAAGGUAAUUGCAUUAGAGUCCAAUCUACAUCACCAGGUUUUGCAAACAUUGCUUCGUCUGUUAAGAUCUUGCAGGAUGAGGUAAUGUACCGAUACAGUUUAAACCAGAGUCCUUUGUCUGUUUCUUUUCUGUCGUUUGGAGAGUAUUUACCUCAAGAGAACUGCCUAUGACUAUGUAAAGCUGAUGGGUUCACUAGGGGGCUGUAGUUGAAAAGCUAUACUACAAAAGCCUUUGACGUGAACUCUAGAUUUACACAGCUCCUCUGUUCUUAAAUCAAAACAGUAUGGCAGGUUAGAAUUUAAGAUCCUAAGCACAAGGAGAUCAUAGCAGAAGAAAAUAAAGCAGGAAGGGAGAGAUACCAGAACAUAACAAUUAAUCAAGGUGACCUCUCAUGAAAAUGUAAAUUCUAUGGAAGAUUUAACUUUCUACCCUUUUGCUAUACAAAUAUUUAGUGAAGUUGUUUGGCUUGUUGUCCAUGGAACAGGAGGUUCAUUCAGCAGAUGAUUAGUGGAUUUUCAGUGAAAUUCUUUAAAGGCUUUUAGAUGACAAACUUCUUGCAAAACUUGUUUAAAAACUGAGAAGUUCAAAUUUACCAUAGCAACUUCUUGCUUUGAGUUAGGAAACAUAUACCAUACUGUUGUCCUUAAGUUUUGUCAGAGGCUAAUUUCUGUACUGGAGAUGACAUUUUUAUAUUAAAUUUCUAGCAAUGUGAAUGCACAGUUAUGAUUGAUUAGAACCAGGACUGUUUCCUGUAGAUACCAAAAUUGAAUCCAUCUCCUCUUUCUCUGAGAGAGGGUUGGGUUUUUUUUUUUCAGGAGAAAAAGGAAAAGUUCUAGCAGAUUAAACAAAAAAAAACUUGAUUGCAGCUAUGCUUAGGGAACAGGUCUGUUGAGUAGGAUGAUGGUGUUUUCAGAAAACUGCUUCUCAGAACAGAACACUGUAUUCUGUGAAUGUCUGUUGAGGUUGUUGAGAGUUGUCAGUCUCUUUUUGAGCCGUAGAGAACUACCACCAGCAAAUUAACACACAUUAAUUACAAAUUACUAUUUUUAUUAGUAUUACAAAAAUGAACUUGGAAUGCAAAAAUGCAGUAGUAUCUGAUUGAAUGAAAUUACCUAGAAACUGAAUUAUAAUGUGUGUUGUCCAAUCAUUCAGGUAUACUGGAAUACAUUCCUUGAGAAGUACUGAGAGAAAAGUGAAGUACUGGGGUUUUCAUGGAGAUCAAAGUCAAGUGAAAGAGAGUCUGGAGAAGCAGCCUGGGGUUUUGUUCACUUGAGGUGUGAUAAAAUCAAAAAGUGUCAUUCUCCUAUUUUAUUCUCUCUGACCACAUCAAAAGAAUCUUUCAGGUUUUUCAAAUUAACUUCUUCCAUCAGCCCUGAAAGGUGGGGCCCUUGAAAAGAGGUGAGAUUUUGUUAUGCCUUUAACAGUACCUGUUAGCUCAGGACAGUAGGAUUAAAACUUCUAGCGGUCAUUGGAGAAGUGUCUUUUCUAACACAACAAUUUUGAAAUACAUACGGUCUGAGGAUGCUGCCUGUUACUUCAUUAUAGUUUAGACUGCAGUUAUCGCCAGCUUUAAGGACAAUCGCAGGAUUUUACCUGAGUUUGUGUGUAUAAUUACUGAUUCUUAAAAUAGCCUAAAUAUUCAGUUUAAAAAAAAAGCGGAAGGCUGUCUGAACUCAGUGUCAUAUAACUUUUGUUUCUUUUGGCUCACAACAAUUAGGAGCUGUCUUUAAAGGCUUCUUACUGAACUGAGGCUUUCAAGGGCUAAACAGAUCUUACUGUUCAGUUUGCCUAGAUGAGUGUCAGACAGAAGGAACUCUUUCCAUUUUCAGUGCAGAAAUACUAAGGGCUAAAAUCCUUUCCGGGGCUAAUUUGAAGUUCCGGAGACAUACAAUGUUUAAAAAGCAGCUAGUCUGUUUUUCUUUCAACUCAUGGACUCUAAAAUAAUUGUUACAAAUGGCUGAACCAAUUGCAGAUAUAAGUGUUCAUAUAUGGCUUGGAAUUUCAGUAUGCGGCUUGGAAUUUGAGUAUGCAGCUUUGUAAGGAAUACAUCAGAGAAGACAGUACACUUGCCCACCACUUUAUUAUUGCCUGUGUUGAAAUCUAACAACUUUUAUGAAUAGCACUGGCAAUAGAGAGACUUUGAGGAAGAUUCUGCCGCAGGAAAUUGUCGCUGAGUAUUUCAUUGCAAUUUAGCUGUCCUUUACUUUAGCAAGGCUUACCAAGGCAUAAACUUCUCAAAAGUUAAGUGAAUGGAUACUGCUGCAAACAUAGCUUUCCGGGCCCAUCAAAGGGUUCUCUUUAGGAUGUUGUGUGUUAAUAACUACUAUAAUGAGAGAACCUUUUUAGAAAGUUAUUUUGCUACUUUGGGGGUGGGUGGAAGGGGAGGAGGUUCUGUGACAGUGCUCCUCUGCUUGCCUUAGAAAGCUGAGCCUAAAUUUUGACCUGACUUAACACAUGUUGAGAUUUCCAGGCCUGGUCAUCUGAAAUGUAAGAGUUAAUGUAUUUAUGUACAUGAUUCUUGCUCCUUUUGAAGAUUUUCCAAAAGCUUAUGCACAACUUUACUCAAACUUAACUUGGCUUAUGUAUACUUGCUAGGAUGAAGCAAGUGCCAAGGCACUGUAAGAGAAAUGUUGCCAACCUGUCCACCUGGAACUGAAAGAUCACCCAACUGAAGGAGUAUCAAAUGGCAACUAUUUCCAGCUGCUCCUGUACUGAGCCUCAUCUGAGCCUAGCUAUGAAAAAUCUGUUUCCUAUGGACUCUCUAGGCCCACCUACCCAAUUCAACAAAUGCUCUUUUUUUCCCACCCCCCCAAAUCACUGGUCUCAAAAUCAGUUGUGCAUCAGCUGUUUAUGUUAAUAUCCAAGCGGCCAUACUUGCACCGUGUUAUUUCCUGGAUAGUGGAUUAGCAAGAACACUUUAUUUUGUGCCAAUUCAUUAUCUCUGAAGUGUUCUUACUGCAGCAAAGUUUGAGUUUUGAUCUGUUUUAAUGGUUUUGCAUUAGCCAAAACUCUUAGCACAGACAUAGACAAGAAACUGAAUCCAUGGAAUUUCCCUGGAUAAAAAUCAGCUAGGGCUUCCCAAAUCAUUUGAAGAUGGUUACAGUUAACCAUCAUUCUUAAAAACAUACAAUUAAAAUGUGUGUGGGUAUUUUUUUAACCUCCUUUUCAUAACACUAGUGUAUUGUAAACUGCAUGAAAUAAACCUGUUUUUUCCCUUUUAAA